AUGAGCCUUAAAGAAGGCGAUUUCUCGAAAAUCAAAGUUCGAGGAGCCAAAAAAGACAAAAAGAAGACUAAAAAUGCUAAAAUUCGGCCAGCUGGGGUGCCAAAGAAGAAGAAGAAGAAGACUAAAGAAUCCAAGUCAAGCACUCCGGAAUCUGGAACUUCCAAAUUUUCCAAAAAAUCAAAAUCUUCAAAGGCCUCCAAGGUCUCAAAGAUUUCCAAGACUUCCAAGUCCUCCAAAGUAUCCAAGAUUUCGAAGAAAUUCAAAAAAUCAACUCCUAAAAAAGAAAAGAUCAAGAAAGUGAAUGAUUUUGAUUUGAUUUUGGGACCAAAUGGUCCAAGAGUCAGAAGAGCACCUGUCGUACCAAUUUACAACGACCCGAAACAGGGCUUCGAUAACGAUAAGAAGAACGAAAAACCAACUAAAAAACCAUCUGAAAGUGGGCGUGGCAUGUUCAGUUGGUUUCCAUGUUGUGCGAGCACAUCGAAGGAAAAAAAUGCGCCGACGGAAAGGAGGUUACGAGCCAACGAUAGGGAAUAUAAUGCUCAAUUUAAGUAUGCGGAUAACCUAAUCAAAACGUCCAAAUACAACAUAAUCACAUUUGUGCCGCAGAAUCUGUUUGAGCAAUUUCAGCGGAUAGCCAACUUUUAUUUUUUAGUUCUGAUGAUAUUACAGUUUAUCCCUCAAAUCUCAUCAAUUUCAUGGUAUUCAACGGCAGUUCCACUGGUGAUAGUGCUAGCCUUCUCAGCGAUAAAAGAUGGGUAUGAUGAUGUGCAACGCCACGUGUCUGAUCGAAAUGUAAACGGUCGAAAAUCGUAUGUAGUAAGGAACGGAAGUCUGUGUGAAGAGGAUUGGAGUAAUGUGAAAGUGGGUGAUGUGAUACGAAUGAUGAGCAAUCAGUUUGUGGCGGCGGAUCUCCUACUGCUAUCCACAUCUGAACCAUAUGGAGUAUGUUUUAUUGAAACAAUGGAAUUGGAUGGAGAAACGAAUUUAAAAAAUCGAGGAGCCAUGUCAUGUACCCAAGUGAUGGGCGAUGAUUUGGAUGGAAUCACUAGGUUUGAUGGAGAAAUCGUGUGCGAACCCCCCAACAACAAAUUGGAUAAGUUUCAAGGAAAGCUAAUGUGGAAUAAUCAGGAAUACGGUAUCAGCAAUGAUAACAUCUUGUUGAGAGGAUGCAUUUUGAAGAAUACCAGAUGGUGCUACGGAGUGGUGGUAUUUGCUGGAAAAGACACAAAAUUGAUGAUGAACAGUGGAAAAACGAAAUUCAAGAGAACUUCCCUAGAUCGAUUCUUGAACAUUCUCAUCGUCGGAAUCGUGCUCUUUUUGAUCGCCAUGUGUCUAAUUUGUACGAUUUUGUGUGCUGUAUGGGAGUAUCAAACUGGAAGAUAUUUCACGAUUUAUUUGCCAUGGGAUGAUAUUGUACCAAGUCCGGAGCAGAGAGGCCUUUAUAAUUCCCAACUUCCAGGUGGCCGUCAAAUUGCUCUAAUUGCCUUCCUACAAUUCUUCUCCUACAUCAUUUUGCUGAAUACAGUAGUCCCGAUUUCUCUCUACGUUUCCGUCGAAAUCAUUCGAUUUAUCCAUUCGUUAUGGAUCAAUUACGACACCAAAAUGUACUAUGAAAAUGGAGAGAAAAGUGUUCCAGCCAAGGCGCAUACGACAACUUUGAAUGAGGAAUUGGGUCAAGUACAGUAUGUUUUCAGUGAUAAGACUGGAACAUUGACAAGAAAUAUUAUGACUUUUAAUAAGUGUACCAUCAAUGGAAUAUCGUAUGGAGAUGUGUAUGACAACAAAGGAGAGGUUAUAGAACCAACCGAUAAAACACCAUCUCUCAACUUCUCAUGGAACUCAUCCUCCGAACCAACCUUCAAAUUCUACGACAAGAAUCUUCUAGACGCCACAAAACGCCAAGUACCAGAAAUCGAUCAAUUCUGGAGAUUAUUGGCGCUGUGUCAUACUGUAAUGCCAGAACGAGAUAAAGGGCAACUAGUGUAUCAGGCACAGUCACCCGAUGAACAUGCUCUCACAUCGGCCGCCCGGAAUUUCGGUUAUGUAUUCCGAGCAAGAACACCGCAGAGUAUUACGAUUGAGGUGAUGGGAAAUGAGGAGACACAUGAUUUGUUGUCAAUUUUGGAUUUUAAUAAUGAGAGGAAACGGAUGUCGGUCAUUGUGAGAGGAUCAGAUGGGAAGAUUAGGCUGUAUUGCAAAGGAGCGGAUAUGAUGAUUAUGCAAAGGAUACAUCCUUCAACAUCUCAAAUCAUGCGAACCUCAACCAACACUCAUCUCGCCGAUUUCGCCAAUAUCGGUCUCCGAACACUAUGCCUUGCCUACAAAGACAUUGAUCCAGGAUACUUUUCCGAUUGGGAGCAACGUGUCAAAACAGCUUCCGCACAAAUGCAGAAUCGAGAAUCCGCGGUGGAUGCGUUGUAUGAGGAAAUCGAGAAGGAUUUGGUAUUAAUUGGAGCCACUGCAAUUGAGGAUAAACUACAGGAUGGGGUACCAGAAGCGAUUGCAAGGCUAUCCGAAGCGAAUAUUAAGAUUUGGGUGUUGACUGGAGAUAAGACGGAAACCGCCAUCAACAUUGCCUACUCAUGUCGAUUGCUAACUGACGAAACCAAGGAAAUUGUAGUCGUUGACGGACAAACAGAAUCUGAAGUUGAAGUGCAGCUGAAGGACACCAGAAACACUUUUGAGCAGAUUUUGGCGUUGAAACCCCGACCCCCAGAAUUCCGACGUUCCGAAGAAGUGGAUAUCUAUAUAAACGAGAUUAUUCGUUUGCUAGAUUCCAUGGACAAAUCGACAAGGCCAUCACCCGGAGGACCUGGAUCAAAGCCAAGAAUUGAAAUCGAGACGAUUCAUGAGGAUUCGGAUAUUGUGUCAUCUGCAAGGAGUAUGGAUAGAAACAUUGUCACUCCCGACUUAAAAUCUGCGGAAUUGGCUGAAAACGAAACUGGAGGCGUGGCUUUGGUCAUCAAUGGAGAUUCAUUGGCGUUCGCAUUGGGACCAAGACUCGAAAGGACGUUUUUGGAAGUGGCUUGUAUGUGUAAUGUGAGUUUUUGUGCAGUCAUCUGUUGUCGUGUGACACCGCUUCAAAAAGCGCAAGUAGUCGAUUUGGUGAAACGGAACAAAAAAGCAGUGACUCUAUCAAUUGGAGAUGGUGCCAAUGAUGUUAGUAUGAUCAAGACAGCACAUAUUGGAGUUGGAAUUUCUGGUAAGAAGGAUUUUGAAGGAGAUUUUCGGUUUCAUAAGAUAUUGACCAUUGUUAUCAGACAAGAAGGAAUGCAGGCAGUACUGGCAUCCGACUACUCUGUCGGCCAAUUCAAAUACCUCGAACGUCUUCUACUGGUCCACGGCAGAUGGUCGUACAUCAGAAUGGCCAAGUUCCUUCGCUACUUUUUCUACAAGAACUUUGCAUUUACACUCACCAAUUUCUGGUAUUCAUUCUUCUGCGGAUACUCGGCUCAAACAGUUUUCGAUGCUGUUCUCAUUGCCUGUUACAACCUGUUCUUCACGGCUCUUCCAGUUUUAGCAAUGGGAAGUUUGGAUCAGGAUGUGGAUGAUCAUUACUCGUUGAGAUACCCAAAAUUGUAUCUUCCCGGACAGUUCAACUUGUUUUUCAAUAUGAGGAUUUUCAUCUAUUCUGUACUUCAUGGAAUGUUUAGCUCGCUUGUAAUAUUUUUCAUUCCUUAUGGGGCAUUUUACAACGCUGCUGCUUCUUCUGGAAAGGAUUUGGAUGAUUAUUCGGCAUUGGCAUUUACAACUUUCACGGCAUUGAUCGUUGUGGUUACUGGACAGAUAGCCUUCGACACCAGCUACUGGACAGCAAUCUCACAUUUCACAAUUUGGGGAUCUCUAGUUCUCUACUUUUUAGUGUGUUUCUUGUUAUACGAAUGGUUACCAGUGUCUUGGAUUGUCAAAACAUCAUCAUCUAUUUCCUAUGGUGUCGCAUUUCGAACAAUGGUCACUCCUCACUUCUGGUUCUCGAUUCUUAUGGUUUCUGUUGUAUUGUUGCUUCCGGUUAUGUUAAAUCGAUUCUUCUGGUUUGAUACACAUCCGUCGUUUGCUGAUCGACUGAGAAUUCGAAGGAAAAUGGGCAAGAAACCAUCGAGCAAAGAUGAUAAGAAAACCACAUUCAAACGAACAGCAGCCACUCGUCGAAGUGUUCGCGGAUCCCUCCGAUCCGGCUACGCGUUCUCACAUUCGCAAGGAUUCGGAGAGCUCAUUCUCAAAGGAAAACUGUUCAAAAAUGUGGAUAAUCUACGUGGCAAAGGGUCGAAUUCAAAGAUUCAUCCGACUUCAGACGACUAUCAGCCGAUUUUGAUGUCUAGUGUUCCAGAGAAGAUUCUAAAAUUCCAAUUCUUCCAGGGAUCCACGUCAUCCAGCUCCACACCUCCGAUGUCACUUCCAAUUGAUGGUAGCCGCCCCCAGAACGUUGUUCCUCAUACACUAGAUGUAAAUACUGAAGACUGGUCUCACGGAUAUCGUCCCGCCUACGCAAAAGAACCAUCACCACUGCAAGGUACCGUAAUCCAUGGAAAUGGGAAAAAAGGGCGGAGCCUAGGGAUCUCGAGAGAAACUCAGGUAUAG